ACUAAUCAUGGUUGUCAUUUGUGUUGUGUAUUUCACAAAUUGAAAAAUAUUCUAUUCUUAAAAUUACUACUAAUUUACGAAUGUUCAUAUGAUGUGUUUGAAUUAGUAUUAGUAAUCAUAGUGGCUAUAAUUACAUUUUGUAAUGUUAAUUAAUUAAUUCUUUGUUAACUUAUUUUUUAUUUCUAUUUUGAUUUUAAAAAGGUUAUGACCAUGACAACUGAAGAAGGUAUAAUAAAUUUGGUUCAAUCGGAUAGUGACGAUGAGAGCGCCGUGAAAAAAACGAAUUCGUCGCCCCCAAAUGAAAAGAACAAAAGCACCCCUAAGAAAAGUGAUUUUGUCGAGGACGAAGAUGUACCCUCGGACUUCUUCGAUGACUUCUUGAAUAACGAUUUUAUGGACGGCCUGGACGUCGUCGAUAUUUGGGAUGACGAAUGCGAGAAGAAAGAAGGUAGGACGAAGAAAUCGAGAAGCAAAAGUAGAAGCAGGUCUCGAAGGAGAGAUUCGCGUUCUAGGCGGCGCAGGUCGCGAAGUGGUUCUAUAUUUCGUAGCAGAAGAUACAGGGAGGAGUACAGGCGAAGGGGAAGGUCUAGAGAGCGCCGGUCCAGAGAUAAACGAUCAAGGGAAAGGUAUACGGGCAAAGGCGAAAAGGAUUCCGACUGUGACGAGUCGAACGUUGAUCAUAGAAGAGACCCGGCGAAAACUAAACGAGACAUUCAGAAGGAUAAAGAUACAUGUGCCAAAAAAGAGGAGGAGAAAUCCAUUUCAGAAAAGCUGAAAGUUGUGGAAACAGGUUUGGUUCCUCCAGGUACCGAAUUGGAGGUCGAUUUAAAUGAUCUUAAACCUGUUGAUCCGAAGGCAGAGUCUAAAUCUAAAGCCGCCAAUCGUGAGAAGCAAAGAUCAGAUUCACCCCAGAAGCGUGUAGAUAGAACCUCAAGACUGUAUGGCUCUAAGCGUACUUAUCAAUAUACGAGAAGCCCACAUUGGCGUAAAUCCAGGUCACCCCUGAGGUAUUCUAGAUCUCCCCUGUCGAAACGAAGGCGAAGUUUGGAACGUAGAAGUAGAAGAGACUAUUCGGCCGACAGAUACAGACGACGAUCGAGAAGUCUCAGCUUUGAGUUAAGUCCGGAACCUUCAUCCAAUAGAAAUCGAGAAAAACACACAUCCUGGUCUAAGCGUUCGAGUAGCAACACAAGAGAUUUUCUAGAGGAAUUGGCCACAAAAUUGGCUAAGUCGGAGAAAAAGAAGUACUACAACAAAGUGAAAGAAAUAAUUGCUCAACCUCCAAAACAGCAACCCCCACACACUUAUCACCCAGUUCCACCUGUCCCGCCUCCAGGACCAGUCCCAGCGCCAAUACGAGCGCCUGCUCCAUACUUUCCUCAACACAUGGACCCUGCUGCUCAGUAUGACCACCAUUUCUUUAUUGGUCAGCAAUUUCCCCUAAAUCCCAUGCAUUAUCCUCAUCCACUUCAAGGCAUGCCGCCCGCUGUAGCAAUUUCUAUAGACAGCGAGGCGCUAUGA